AGGAGAGAAAGGGGCCAGGCAGAUGGAGAGGGCAGUAGGGCCAGGAGUGGCCAAGGCCUGGGGAUAAAGCCGAUUGGUGUGUCAGCAAAAUCUGUCAGUGGCUUUGGUGAUUCGAAAGGCAGACACGUUCUUUCAUCUCUGUUAAUCCUCAUCUGAUACAGAGGAUUUUCCUGCCAUUAAAUCUGGAGAAAGAAAACUAAGCACUGAAACCCGCAGACUCCUUUUGCUUUCUGAUCACCCCCGACCCCAGCCUUUCUUUCUCGGUGGGACCAUCUUUUAUCAUCUGAUUUGGGAGAUGGAGGGGCUGGGGCAGCCCAGGGGCCCCUUGGAGGUGCAGGACCAGGCAGACCCCCAGGACGGCAGGGAUCCCACAGCUGGAUGGUCCUAAGCCACCAGAUGUGUAAAAGGGAUGCUGGUCCUGCUUCUGCAUGUGGUGCUCCUCGGCCUGCCCAGCACCCGGGCCACCGAGGCCUGCCUGCGUGCCUGCCCGGCUGCCUGCACCUGCAGCACCGCCGAGCGCAGCUGCUCCGUGCGCUGCGACCGCGCAGGCCUCCUGCGGGUGCCGGCCGAGUUCCCGUGCGAGGCCACCUCCAUCGAUCUGGACAGAAACGGCCUGCGCAUCCUAGGGGAGCGGGCCUUUGGCACGCUUCCGUCCCUGCGCCGCCUGUCUUUGCGCCACAACAACCUGUCCUUUAUCACGCCGGGCGCCUUCAAGGGUCUGCCGCGCUUGGCGGAGCUGCGCCUGGCGCACAACGGCGAGCUGCGCUACCUGCACGCGCGCACCUUCGUCGCUUUGGGCCGCCUGCGCCGCCUUGACCUGGCCGCGUGUCGCCUGUUCAGUGUGCCCGAGCGCCUCCUGGCCGAGCUGCCGGCCCUGCGCGAGCUCGCCGCCUUCGACAACCUGUUCCGCCGCGUGCCGGGCGCGCUCCGCGGCCUGGCCAACCUGACGCAUGCGCACUUGGAGCGCGGCCGCAUCGAGGCCGUGGCCUCCAGCUCGCUGCUGGGCCUGCGGCGCCUGCGCUCGCUCAGUCUGCAGGCCAACCGCGUCCGCGUCGUGCACGCCGGUGCCUUCGGCGACUGCGGCGCCCUGGAGCACCUGCUGCUCAACGACAACCUGCUGGCCGAGCUGCCGGCCGACGCCUUCCGCGGCCUGCGCCGCCUGCGCACGCUCAACCUGGGCGGCAACGCGCUGGGCGUGGUGGCGCGCGCCUGGUUCGCCGACCUGGCGGAGCUCGAGCUGCUCUACCUGGACCGGAACAGCAUCGCCUUCGUGGAGGAGGGCGCCUUCCAGAACCUCUCGGGCCUGCUGGCCCUGCACCUCAACAGCAACCGCCUCGCUGUGCUCUCCUGGGCCGCCUUCCAGCCCGGCUUCUUCUUGGGACGCCUCUUCCUCUUCCGCAACCCGUGGCGCUGCGACUGCCACCUGGAGUGGCUGCGGGACUGGAUAGAGGGCUCUGGGCGCGUGGCCGAUGUGCCGUGCGCCUCCCCGGGCUCCGUGGCUGGCCUGGAUCUCAGCCAGGUGGCCUUCGAGCGCUCCCCCGACGGCCUGUGCGUGGACCCAGAGGAGCUGAACCUCACCACGUCUAGUCCAGGCUCGUCCCCAGGACCAGUGGCCACCACCGUGAGCAGGUUUAGCAGUCUCCUCUCCAAGUUGCUCGCCCCAAGGGUCCCAGUGGAGGAGACAGCCAACGUCACUGGAGGGCUGGCCAACGCCUCGCUGUUCGAUAGCCUUCCCUCCUGUGGGGUGGCCGGCCCCGGCCACAGGACCGUAUUGCUCUUCAUCUCCCGUCCCCUGCUCAGUGUGGCUCACUACGUGGUGUUUGGCCUGCAGAGGGACUGACCCUGCCACACUGGGGUGGCCCAAACUGCUUUGGCCAAGGGAGGGUUUGGUUAGCUGGGUUUAGGGGACAGGGAAUGGGAUGGGGACCAUGAUGAGAAUUCUAGGGGAGGGUGGAAGGAAGAGUUUGCCACCAAGGAUGGCACUAGGCAAAGGAGAAAGAACCCUGGGCAAUGCCACAGGGAGGGGAGAAGCUUGACUAUUGUGGAUUUCUGCUCUUCUCCUACGGGCAUCCAGAGGAAAAGAGAAAAAGAACGAAUAUAGCCCCUUAGUGCAAAGUCUAGGAAUUGGAAGCUCCUAGGGCGUUCCCCCUUCCCCGUUCCCUCCAUCUUCCAGGCAACAGUACCUACAGUGCCUGAAUUAAGAGGGUCACUCCACAGGCUGAAUACUAAGAACUGUGCCAAUUCUCCUGCAGGGUAACCCAUUAAACCCAAUCCCUUUGUUUUCUACGACAAUCCUCUGCCCCCUCCCCCAGGAGCCUGGGGACACUAGGAUUCUUGAAGGUGCAUGGGAUUUAAAGAAGGGAAGAUGAGGGAAAGACUUAGACCCUAAAGGGUGGUUAGGGUGGUUCCUGGGUUCUGAGAUGCUAGGAGGUGUUUAACACAAUGACGAGUUUCAUUUACUCCACAAUGAUGCCCAGGGGUGUCUUUAGUCCCAGAGGGACUUUGGGGGGGGGCGGGGGUGUCUUGGUGGACAAACUUGUAAAAUCCUAAAAUUAAAAAAACAAAAAGAGUUCAGCCAGUUUCUUUUCUAUAGAACUUUUCAGAGUCUUUCAUAUGUUAAUACGUAUUGUGAGUCUCCCUGGAGGCCACAAAUCCUCUUUUCUUAAGAAAUUGUGGGAAGACCAGGAGAUGCUGUUAGCAGGGCAGGGGGUCUCCAGCUUGGAGGAUUCCGCGGGUGUGGACGUUUGUUAUGAGCUGAGCCCUUUGGGGCUGGUGGCUAAGGAGGAGGGAAGCAGCCCCAGGUGGCCAGGGACACUAGAUAUUUCUCAGUGUGGGAAUCGGCCCCCUCCUGCCCCCAGGCUGGACCACCUGGGCAAAGGCCCACCCCCCCCCCCCAGCGGCCAGCACUCAGGGCCUCUGUGGAGUGUGUGAGGACCGGGCUGUCAGAUCCCACCUAGGCACCCCAACAAGCCAGCCCCUUUCAGGGCUCAGUGGAAAUGAGCAGAGGUGGACUCUUUUGUGAGCUGCAGGAUCAGCAGCUUUGGGGACCCCCGGCCACCAGGGUGGCUUUGCAGGCUUCCUCCUGGGGCUGGCUCUAGGCUGUGGAUGUGGCUCAGUGGUAGAGUGCUUGCCUAGUGUGCAUGCAGGAGGCCCGGGUUCCAUCCCCAGCACUGCCAAAAAUAUAAGAAUAAAAAUCCAAAUGCCGGCUCUGCUAUCUUCCUAUACCAUCUCUAUAGUUGGCAGCAGAACCACCCUCUGCUGGUCACAACAUGCGUGUGUGUUUGUCAGACCAUGAAGCAGCCAAGUCAACAAACGAAAGUGCCAUAGGUCUGCUAAAUACUUGCUCAAGCUAUUCUUUACACUGCGUGCAGUGAUAACGGCUUUUGUCAAUGGUGUGGAAUCUGCAAUCUUAAUACUGAGUUCUUGUCUUUGUAUUUGGAGAGGUGGAUUUUCAAAACCGACAUGGAUUCAGGGUGUACCCAUCUGUUAGGUUUCUAAUUUUUAGUCUUAGUAAUACUAAGAAUUAGAACGGUUGCAGGAGGGUUCAAAUGGGUUUUGACCAUAGAAUGGGUCAUGAUCAACAUUGAAAAAAAUUUAUAUAUAUAUAUAUAGGGGCUAGGGGGAUGUGACUUGGUGCUAGUGUAUGUGCUAGCUUGCUCGGGGUCCUGGGUGCAUCCCCCACACUGCAAAAAAGCAACUUCAUGAACAACAUGAUAAGAUAGAAGAGCCACAGAGCAUCUCAUGUAAUAUAAAAGUAAGCAUUGUUUUGUGAAACUUUUAAUUCAUAUGCAUGUGAUCCAUUGUAUGUGUAUAUAUGUGUGUCCUGGGUUGCUGUGUACAAUUUGUAGUUUCUUGUGGGGUUGUGGUUAAAAACAAUUGAAAGCUACUGAUAUAGAUCAUGCAUGAUUUUUUUUUUAUUUUGAAAAUUUUCAUGCCUAUAAAAAAGUUGCAAAAAUAGGAUGAACACUUUGACCAUUUACUCAAGUUUUAACUCAGUGUUAACUUUUUACCAUGUUUUCAUCCUUUCUUUCUCUUUCUAUGUUACUUUUCCUUGUUACUAAUAGUUUGAGUGCCUCACACUCUCGAGGCCCUGAGUUUGGUUUCCAGCAUCCCCCAAAAUAAA